UUCCUAAUAAAAAUAAUUAUUAUUAUUUUUUUCUUGUAUUAUUAGAAAAUUUGAUUGUCAUAGGUUGAUUGUUUGUCUCCCCUCAUUUAAGCUUUUUUUAGUGGGGGUCCCUUUCCCUUCCUUUUUUAUUUUAGGUGGAAAAGUAAAAAAAAUGCUAUUUUUUAGUCUUUUUGUUUAUAUUCUUUUCUUCUUCCUUUUAUUUUUUUUAUUGGCAAUGAUACAAUCAUGGACAUGGGGGAUUUUAGCAGCUGGAAUAUGCCUAGUUGGGAUCAUUGUAGCAGUUACUGUAUGGACAGUCAAAAGAAGAAGAACAAUGGCAUCAAAUGAUGUAGAAAAGAACAAUGAACAAAUCAUUAUACCAUCUGAAUCUCCCACAACAAUCGAAGAUGAAUCUAUCGUGACCGAAAACAAUAACAAAGAAGCUACUUUAUAUGGACAACAAUUUGCGGUUGUUGAAACUUCUCAAACUGUACUUUCUCCUCCUCCCAGAGAACGCAAAGAAAGUAACAGCAGUAUCACAUUCUCACAGCAAGACUCGACUCCUCAAAAGAUUCGAGACGUGUUUUCACUAUCUCCACAUCCUGAAGUUGAUUCUACAGGAACACCCAAUAGCAUUACUAGUUCGCGCCGGACAGUUACUCCGUUUGGAGGUUACACGAACAACACUAUGGCUGCUCCAAGUUGGAGGGGUCCAACACCACCAUGGACUCAUAACAGCACCUCACCGCAUCAAUCAAUAACAAAUAGACAGUAAUUGGCUCUUGGCUCAAAUCGAUAUUUUUACCGAGGCGAAAAAAAAAAGAAAAAAAAAUACUCCAUUCAUAAAUAAAAACCGCUCAUUUUUUUCCUUUUUCCUAAUAUUGCAUCCAUAUCCGUGUGUGUGUUGACAAUUUAUAGUAUGCGAGAUAUUUCGAAUGAGAACUUUACGCUUCUGGGAGGCAGAAGAAACAAUCAAAACUAUCACCGACAGGUCUUGAUUGAAUACCAACGCAUGAACCAAGUGGCUACAGAGUAUGAGCGAAAACACGUCUAUCGAAUUGAAUGCCAUGAUUGUAAUUUUGUAUUAACAGAUCGGGGUAUGAACG